AUGUCAGUCCUACUUAAUGGUGAGAAAAGCUACGUCGAUGAGAAAAAAGAAGAUGAACAGAGUACUUUAUCUAUAGAUAAAAAACGCCAAGGAAAUAACAAAAACGAGUUUAAUAAAAAUGUGGAUCAAAUCGCUCAAGUUAGCAAUAUUGUUAUCAACUCCAAACAGGAAGAGAAAAUCUUACAUUCCUUGGAGCAGUCCUAUUACUCAAUAUUAAAUACUAUCCCUGGUGAAGAUGUCACUAGACAGGGGAUUUUGAAAACACCAAGUCGUGCUGCCAAAGCGAUGUUUUAUUUUACCAAAGGAUAUAGAGAUAACCUGAACGAGCUGAUUAAUGAUGCACUAUUUAAUGUUGAUCACGACGAAAUGGUCAUUGUUAAAGACAUCGAAUUUUUUUCAUUAUGCGAACAUCAUUUGGUUCCAUUUUACGGCAAGGUUCAUGUAGGCUAUUUACCAAAUAGACAAGUUGUUGGUUUAAGUAAAAUUGCAAGAAUCAUUGAAAUGUAUAGCAGACGAUUACAAGUUCAAGAAAGAAUGACGAAGCAAAUUGCUGAAGCAGUAACUACCGCGAUCAAUCCAACAGGCGUUGGUGUAGUUAUAGAAGGAACUCACAUGUGUAUGGUCAUGAGAGGAGUUCAAAAGACCGGUAGUAAAACAACUACCAGUACAAUGAUUGGAGUAUUUCGAGAAGAUCCUAGAACAAGAGAAGAAUUUCUAUCCCUUAUCAGACACUAA